AAGAAGCGUCAAAACAUAAACAGAGCCGUCAACCUUGCAGUUAGCUUGCUUUAUAGUCUGUCUUUUGCAAAACCCUCUAUGCACGCAUUCCUAAUGUCGUGUAUUUACGCCAAGGGGAUCACGGCACUUAGCUCAAUUGCUAAGCAGUGAGUUGGAGAGCAUAAAUCUGCAAUAAAGAUUAGGACUAAACUAAGAAGUACGCCUCGUCGGGCCUGCGAAUAGAGGUUCUCCCUCGGGGCGACGCACGACAAAGGACACAGAAUGGCUGAACCUGACGGCAAAUCCACUGCGCUGAACGGUGGCUCUGAAGAAAAAGAUCCAGGGGAAGAUCAACACAAGGAGGAAGGUGCCUCUGGAAGCAAAGAGGGACAAACACAGUCUUCAUCUCAAGAUGCUCCCAAAGAAACAGGAGAGGCGUCUGGAGACAAGCCUAUGCCAGAUGUGGAAGGAGAGAUAAGGGCAAACCGAGAGGGAGAGGAGGAGGAGGAAGACACAGACAGCAUGGAUGGAAGCGGUCUUUACUCCCUGACUGAGGAUGGUGAUAGAGAGAGCGAGGGAGGCCGACGGGAGAGGGCAAAGGAGAAAAGAGCAGCCAGAAAGAGGAAUAGACCCGGCGGCGUCGGCGGCACCAAUCACUCCUCCAGCUCAGAUGAUGAUGACGAUGAUGACGACGAAGAAGAAGAACAGAAAGAUGACGAUGAUGAUGACGACGACGAUGAUGAUGAGGCUAUGGAGGCGUGGCUGGGAGCAGAGCUCUGUGACAUGCGUGGCCCUAUAUGGAGGUCGAUACCCUCACUUCGCUCCAGGGAGAUCGGCAGGGACUCACACCAGUUUGUGAGGCGCGUGUGUGGAGCCCGGGGUCUGGUGCAGAGGCUAGAGCUGCAGGGCCGGCUGGAGAGGCACACAGGUUGCGUCAACACGCUGCACUUCAACCCCUCGGGCACACGCCUGGCUUCGGGCAGCGAUGACCUGCGAGUGGUGAUCUGGGAUUGGGCUAUCCGCCGUGCUGAGCUGGAGUUUGACAGUGGCCACAAGAGCAAUGUCUUUCAGGCGAAGUUCCUGCCUCACAGUGGAGACUCCACCUUGGCCAUGUGCGCUCGAGAUGGUCAGAUCAGAGUGGCUGAACUCUCUGCCACACAACGCUGCAAGAACACCAAGCGGGUGGCACAGCACAAAGGGGCAGCACACAAGCUGGCCCUGGAGCCAGACUCCCCCUGCUCCUUUCUUUCUGCGGGGGAGGACGCUGUGGUGUUUGGUAUUGACCUGCGUCUCGACCGCCCUGCUAAUAAACUGGUGACCGUGAAGGAGGGGGAUAAAAAAGUGGGCCUGUACACCAUCUAUGUGAACCCGGCAAAGACACAACACUUUGCUGUGGGAGGAAGAGAUCAGUAUGUGAGGAUCUAUGACCAGAGGAAGAUCAAUGAGAACGAUAACAAUGGCGUUCUGAAGAAGUUUUGUCCUUCACAUCUGGUAUCCAGUGAGUCUAAAACCAACAUAACCUGCCUCGUGUACAGCCACGAUGGCACAGAGCUCCUGGCCAGUUACAACGACGAAGACAUCUACCUGUUUGACUCCAACCACAGUGAUGGGGCAGACUAUCGCAGGAGAUACAAGGGACACCGCAAUAAUGCUACAGUGAAAGGAGUGAACUUCUACGGGCCAUGCAGUGAGUUUGUGGUCAGCGGCAGUGACUGCGGACACAUCUACCUGUGGGACAAGAACUCUGCUCGCAUUGUCCAGUUUAUGGAGGGAGACAGGGGAGGAGUGGUGAACUGUUUGGAGCCACAUCCCCACCUGCCAGGCAUGGCCACUAGUGGGCUGGACCAUGAUGUGAAACUGUGGGCCCCCACAGCGGAGUGCCCCACUGGACUCAAGGGUCUGAAAGAGGUGAUGAAGAAGAACAAGCGGGAGCGUGAUGGGGACAGUGUUCGUCAUGGCGACCAGUACGACACCCAGCUGCUGUGGUUCCUGAUGAGACACAUGAGGAACAGAAGGCCUCCGAGGGCCCGCCGCGAGGGUGCAGACGCAGACACAGACGAGUCGUGGAGCUCUCCGGAUUCCUCCGAUGAAGAGGAGGGAGGUCCUGACAACGUCCAGUGCAUGUCCUCCUGAGCUACACACACACACAUACUGAGACCCACACACACACACACACACACACACACACAUACAUACAUACAUACAUACAUACAUACUUUAUUGCCCUUGAAUUGAUGCACAUAAGCAAGCACUAUUGACACACUGGCAUACUCAAACACAGACGAGCCACAGACUUGUUUUUGUUUUUCCUCCUACACAUACAAACUUACAGAGAUAAAACACACAUUUACUUUGACAUACUUUUGAAGAAGAGAUGCUUAACGUCUGGUUUCCCAGCUGUUGUGAGUGUGCAAAUAACGACUAAAGACUAUAAACACACUUCCAGAAUCCUGACUUUUGGGGGAAUUGUACAAAGAGGUUUAGUGAGUGCUUACACCCCUACGAGCCACUUGGACCCCCCUGCUUGUCUAUACGUUAUCUCUCAGCUCUGCCUCGCCCCAGAACAAUGUCCUGUGCAUGUAUGGCAGCAAGCACCUCUUCUUUAGGUACCCUGUAGGAAGCUAUACAUCACCAGCAGGCAAUCCCUUCUCUCUUAGUAACACACCUCUUGCUCUGGAGCUCUCUGUGCUGUCUGAGGGAGGGUCAGCAGGGAGUAGAAUGGUACCCUCAAACCAUCCCCUUAAAUGUGACUCCCUUUAAGAUUUGAACACAUGGAGGGAAACCCCAGUGUCCUCCCACUGCAUCGCCCCAGUCUCAUAUUGAUUUCUGGCCCUUGAGCUUGUGCAGCUAGUUCCAUUUCCCCCCAGAGAACUACUAAAUCCCUACAUGCUGCAUCACCAGACAUUCUACUUCCUCCCCCUCCUCUCUGCAUCACCCCCCUCCCCCCUCACGACUGAGUGCACUUUGAAUCAGGGAUGCUUUUAGUUUGAGACAAAGACUAAACGUGCACUGAGUGUGAUUUUUUGGGGGGUAAAGCGCUUGUAUCCUUCAUUGGAGGCCCCACAGUGAAGUUUAGUUCAUUUCUAUUGAUUUAUUUGAGUGGGGAGAUAUUUUUGCACUUAAGAAUAGUUCGACUGAGGAAGAGGAGACUUGUUUUGCUUCAACCAAACUUUCCUCCUCCUCCUCCUUCCUUUUUCUUCCUCCCCGCUCUCCAUCUUUGAAAGGAAAGUUUAAAUGUUGAGGCAAAUGCACAUAGGAUAAUGACAGGAUCUGGAAUUAUGAAAAGCAACAAUCAACUUGGAUUAAAUCCCAACUGAAGAACUGUGACAAUUGAGAUUGGAGUAAUAACCAUGCGGUUCCCAAAAAUCCAUCUGUGACGCUGACAGUCUCAAAUAAUUUGCUCAACAACGUUUAUUAGACAAACAUUUGAACUAAGUCUUGUGUUUGAAGCAAGCACACCACUUCUUAGGAAAGAGGAGGAGGGGGGGGGGGGUCAAUGUUCUUGCCAGUCACUUGUUGUGUGAGAGCGUUAAAGUCCAGCUUUUCUCAUUUUCUAUGAGAACUCUAGUUAGAUGCAUUUCUAUGUACAUAUAUAAAUAUAUAUUAAAACUGUAAAAAAAAAAAAAAAACAUCUUUAGCAAAUGCUGUUCGACUCCAAAAAAAAUAAAAAGAUAUCAAAUCAUUUGAUUGGUAUUGAUGCAGAGGUUUAUAUUCUAUAUGAGGACAAAGUACUUUUAAAAUCAAGAGAAGAAUAACUUGAGGCACCAUUUUUGUUCUAUUUUUUUUUGUUAUGAAUGGCAUCCCUCUGUUAUGAACAGAUCAGCUGUCAUUUCAAGUAUUACAGGUUCUAUUUCUUGUUCAAAGAAAAUGCAAAAAAGUAUUUCCUUUCUAGAUCUUAAUCCAUCAUUCGAGACGGUUCUAUCCAGAUUUUCCCACUGGCUAUUUUUGGCAUCUUGUAUACAGAAGGCGUUAGAUGAACAUUUUUGUCCACCACUGCCUAAUAUUGCGUUCCAUCAGUUAAGUUGGAAAUAUGUACGAUUAGUGCAAUAAACAAAAAGACAGUGCUCUUGAUGUUGUUGUCA